AUGUAUACUACAUUAUUUCUCGCGACCAUCCUUGCCUUCGCAAGUGGGCACAUCAUCCUCGAGAGCCCACCGCCGUUCGCUUUCCCAGCUGAUGGCCACUACAACCCUCUCGAACCCGACGGAUCUGACUUCCCAGGAAAGAUCCCCGCUGGUACCACCAAGCUCGAACUUAAUGGAUCCAUUCCAUUGUGGAAAGCUGGUGAAGUCCAAACUCUCUCCUUCAUUGGUGCGGCAAUCCACGGUGGUGGAUCUGGUCAGGUUUCCCUUCUCCCCGGACACGAACCAAGUAAGACAAAUAGCGACUUCCGAGUCCUCAAGUCUUGGGAGGGCGGUUUUCCAAUGGCUCACCAGAAGGGAAACCUCGCACCAAAUGUAAACCCUUCCGACAAGUUGGAGUUCACAAUUCCUAAGACUCUACCCCCUGGCAACUAUUCUUUAGCAUUCUCGUGGAUCAACCGCAUCUCUGGCGGCAACGAGUUCUACAUGAAUAUUGCGCCAAUCUCGAUUGCCGGCGGCACUGGACCCGUUCCCAACGAUGCUCUGAAAGACUAUCCCCCUAUAUUCAUGGCGAACUUGGGAACCGUCGGUAAAGGAUGCACGACAGAAAACGGACGAGCAGCACAAAAGGCGAUUCAGUUCCCGAAUCCAGGAUCGGUUGUUGACCAUCCAGAAGGUACUGCAAACCCCAUCAAGGCAACCUGCGACGGCAACCCGCAAGCUACAGCUGGACCAGGAAGCCCUCCAUCAUCAUCAGGUUCACCUUCCCCUACUGCUCCAUCAGCGCCGACCAGCACUUAUGCACCACCUGCAUCAUCUACACCGGCUCCUACGACCUCUGUAGCUCCUCCAACGCCAACAUUGUCAUCGGGAAAGCCAAGUACUGUUCCGACGACGUUGGUCACUUCUGUUCGACCAUCGACCACGGCAAGUCCAUCCUCGGUUGCGCCUCCUCCAAGCUACACCACUUCAUCUUCAGCUCCAGCUCAACCAUCAGCUCCCGCUGGACCUUGUAUUGAGGGCAAUCUCCUAUGUCACGAUGAUAGAGUCAGCUUCUCGACGUGCACAGGUGGAAACUUCAUCGGAAGAACGCGUCUUGCGCCUGGAACGAAGUGCACUCCUGGAGCCGGUGUAGGAUUGAACAUCACUAACCCUUAUUGA